GUGUCUCUUGUUUAUUUUUAAUAAAAGAGACAAAAAAUUCGUUCUUUUCUCAUUCUACGUACCAAUUAUACAACACAUAUUGCUCAUAUUUUGGAGGUUUUACUGUAUAUUUUUUGAUCUAUCAAUAGAAAGGAUACGAAAUGAAUUCUUCUGAUCGUACGAAAUCCUACUGAUUGAUCAUAUUGCAACUUAUUGUAAUUAUUAAUGUAAGAGAUUUGAGACUAUAAUCAUUCAUACGAUUUUCUUUAUAAUCUUGUACAAUUAUCUGAAAUAAUAAAUAAAGAUGGGAUACAACUGUAAACAAAUUCGAAUUUGUUAACAUGAGCAGUUGAAUCCCAUCAUGAAUUUAUAUACUCUUAGGUUUUCGUCAUCUAUAGAUUUACUAUUUAUCAGUAAAACAUGAGACCCAAAAUUUUGCAUCACUAUGAGUUGUUUUCUUAUCAAUAAGACAACAUAUGAAAAACUAGUACCAUAUAUUUUACAAAAAAUAAACUGCUCUAUUCUUCCGAGAGUUCAACCAAAGAUUUAUAUGCCCGAAUUACUUAUAAACAGUGAAAUUUCAAUUGACGAGUUCUUCACCAUCUUUUUAGGAUUUCUCAGGAAGUGCUUAUCAGAAAACUUUAAAAUUUGUAGAGCAGAUCGCUUUUAGUAUGUAAAACAAAACUUUUCAUCGGCUCAAAGUUUUUGAUUGUUGUUUUCUAUGAGAUAUUUGGAUCUCAAUUCAACAACAUGACUUCCGUUUUUGCUCGCGUUUCUUCAAUAUGUUACGUAUGAUCAAGUUGAAACUUUUCUUUUCUUUUACAGAUAACAAACAUUGUUUAUAAUGGGUACUUUUCUUGAUUUCUUUUUAUCUUUUGUCCUUCAAAUAAAAAAGUUAAAAUAUCGAAAGAAUCUUAAUAAACACAUGUUCUCUUAAAUAGUCCUUUUUAUGUAACAGGUCUCAAACGUCAACAGAUUAUUAUUUUCUGAAAUAAAAAAAGUCAUAUUUCAAACAAUGUCUAGUAUAGGAGUGAACAAAACUUCAGCUCAUUCGGACUUACGAUCGUUGAGGCAUGAGAGUGAAACAAUUUAGAGUUUUUGCUAUUUUGGUUAUAUAAAUUUGAUUUCGUCUUCCGUCGUUUAUAGUUUAAAAAUAAUACUCAUGUUUCGAAAUGUAGUCAAUAGAGAAAUACUCUUUGAGACAAUAAAACAGCCAUAAUAAAUCGACAAUCAUGAACUAAACAAAUCAUGAGUUCAAAAAAGAAGAUGUGUCUUGAAAGUUCCGGAAAUAUACUUUUCGUAUAGUAGAUUUAUAGCUAUUUAGAAUCAAAUAAUCAUGAAAACGAAUAAAUAUAAUCGGUUUUCACCUCAUCGGUACUACUUCUACUACAAGUACCACAUCAACUACUACCACAUCAACAACAUCCACAACUUCAACAACUUCAACUACUAGCACAACAUCAACGACAACAACAACAACAUCCAGUACUAGUUCUACAUCAACCAGUAGCACUAGUUCGACUUCAACAACUAGCACUAGUUCCACUUCAACUACUAGCACUACGUCAGAGACAACUACUACAACAUCCACUAGCACUAGUUCGAGCACAAGCACAACAUCAGAGACAACAACAACAACAUCCACAACCAGCUCUACCUCGACUACUAGCACUACAUCCGAGACCACAACAACGACAUCCACCACAAGUACUACUUCGACAACCAGCACAACAUCCGAAACAACUACAACAACAUCAACUAGUACAAGUUCAACUAGUAGCACAACAUCGGACACCACAACAACGACAUCCACCACAAGUACUACUUCAACAACCACCACAACAUCUGAGACAACUACCACAACAUCAACUAGUACAAGUUCAACUAGUAGUACAACGUCGGAGACCACAACAACGACAUCCUCAACCAGCUCUACUUCAACAACCACUACGACAUCCGAAACAACUACCACAACAUCAACUAGCACAAGUUCAACUAGCAGUACAACAUCGGAAACCACGACAACGACAUCCACAGCAACCACUACUUCAACAACCACCACAACAUCUGAGACAACUACAACCAGUACUUCAAGUACUAGCAGUACCUCCGAAACAACAACAACAACAACCACUACUAGUUCAACUUCAACCACAACCACAACAACAACGGCAACAACUGCUACAACUACAUCCGCAACAACAACAACAACAUCGAUAA